UUAGAUCUUGGCAAUAUAGCUAGCUAUUGGACUAGGUGUGAGAUCAUUUUGUUUUCUGUAAAUUAGCAAGUUAGCUGAACUUGUUCAACUAAACAUAAAGCAACACUGGCAAAGGCAUUUCUGGAACUUCUAAAACAGACGUGCGGAGCAGUGAACACGCGAGCGGUAAUCCACCGAUGUGAAUCAGUCACACGACUCAGUCAAGACCUCUGACCCCAAGUGCUCUGUCUGCCGGGUGAAACGCACGCUGCCUUUCACAUCGCACGCGGGUCUCAUCGCUCCCACAGUCUCGAUGACUCACGUCUUUGUGUACGGCACUCUGAAAAGAGGCCAGCCCAAUUACUUCCGCAUGAUGGACAGGGGCAACGGGAAGGCGCAGUUCUGCGGCAGCGCCCGCACCGUGGACAGGUUCCCGCUGGUGAUCGCCGGCCGCUACAACAUCCCCUUUCUCCUCAACGUCCCCGGGAAAGGCCAGCAGGUAAAAGGGGAGGUCUACUGCGUGGAUGCCCAGAUGCUGAAGUUCCUGGACGAGUUUGAGGGCUGCCCUCACAUGUACCAGCGCAUUCCCGUCAAGCUGGAGGUGGAGGAGUGGGUGGGCGGAGACGGCCCGGCAUCCGGGCCCAAGCCAGCGGCGAAAAGCAUCAUCGAGGCCUUCGUGUACAGCACCACCACCUACCAGCCCGAGUGGCUCAACUUGCCGUACUUUGAUAAUUACGAUGCCCAUGGCGAUCACGGCCUGGUUUAUGUCGAUCGUGAAUCUAGAGAUUGAAGCAAUCUGCCCUCACUCUCUGCUUCUUGGUUCAGGGACCAUGUUUGCCCAUCCUCUCUUAUUGUACUGUAAAAGUAGAUCAUGAUUAGUUCUGCUUUUAGCCUGCCACUAUAUCAUUUACUGUUCAGUAAUGGUAACACUCCAGAGGGAGGGAAGGUAUGCCUUAAGGUAUCUCAGGUUUUAAAGUAUGUAUGUGCAAUACCUCUGGUGCACCUUGUACAGAUUAGUACAGACUAAUCUGUCCAAUUACGAUGCGCAAUACUUUUUUUCUAAUGUUAUAUGAACAUAUAUGUGGUA